GCUGUCCAGCGAAAGCAUUAUGUUUUCCAAUGCUGGACUAUUUAAACUUAAGUGCACCUCGUCUCGUUUUGAGUGGAGUGAGUGAACUCUUCUGUAUGCAGAAAUCUGAAGUGGACUCCGGAUUAUAGUUGGUUUUUAGAUCAGUGCAACAGUGGCUGAGAACUUGUGCUAUUCAGUAGAGUAUCAGGAAUCUCCUUUGUUACUCCCAGUGUUUGUUAGCUGCCCAACCCUUCCAUGGAAGGAAGAAACAGAUACAGAACUGAAGUCAGCAACUAUUCAUGUCACAAUGGUAACAUUGACUUGGAAAAAAUCUAUUUUACAGUUUAGAACUGUAGUUGAAGUCUGAUUUUCAGCUCUAUUCUACAUCUUUGAAUUAUUCAGACCAGACUAAUUACUUUUUGUAAAAAAUACCACACGUGUUUUGCCUUAUCCUCAUAUUCAUAAAAUAUCAAUCAAUUGUUGUUAAAAUUUUGGUUCUAUUGUAAUUUUGGGAAGUAAGAAAUGAUUUGGAAGAGCAAAAUUACAGGUUGAAUCACAUAGUAACCCUUUCGUCACUAUACCUUCUCUGUUUUCCUUAUCAUUUAUCAUCUGUUUUCAUUCUUCACAGUUUCAAUGAGCAAAGGUUUCGGUGGUAAAUUUGCUCUAAAUGUGUUUUUCUUGCUCUAAAUGAGCAUUGGAGGUGUGGACAUUUGUGAACACGGACGCUCUGGAACUGAAUAUUCAGUCCUCUCUCCACCACAACAAAAUUUCACUUAAUGUUUCGGUCACUUUCACUCACACCAAAAUUAAUCUGGGCCAUUACACUAGAAUUCAAAAUGCGGAUUCCUUGGUUGGAUAAACAAUUAAUGCUGAAAGUGUUGGAGGGGGGGGCUCGCUUCCAAAGUAUUUUUUCAGUUUAUUUUUACUAUUUUUAAUUAGAUAUGAUAUCAUUUAGAAGUGAGCAAAAACACUCGCCUCACAAAAAGUGACGCAUCGUCGUUUUCUUUCGUUUGUUCCAAUCUGUAGAUUCAUCUAUCACAGGUUUCUUGGGUUCGAGCAUCCCCUGCAUUACAAGUCUGAACUCUGAACAUGCGUGAAACAGACGUUUCGGAAAUGAACUGAAUCGACAGCCGUUCCUCCACCGCAACGGAAUUUCUCGACGUCCACUCCUCGUGCCAAAUUGAAUCUGGCCCAUCACACGGAACCCUAGAACAACCGUGAAAUAAACCAUCGCUGCCCCUUGGAAAGUUGGGGACAUUAAUCUCAAAAAAAAAAUUAGGAACAUUAUCACGCCGCGGGUGCCCCCACCUCUCCAUUUCUUUUCCUAAUUUUCGCCGAUCUCUCUCUGAGUUUCUCCCCCACCUUUUUCUGGGUUUCUCCUCCCCCAUCACGGAAGGCACAAAGCCACAACGAACCCGGGCGGGUGAGCGGCCCUUGGAGAGGGAGCGAGCGCUGCGCAGCUAGACACGGACCGGGUCGCCGGUGGCAACGAGAGGCGCCAUGGCGCCGCCGCCGCCGCUGCUCGGAGGCGCCGACCUCUGGCGGCCCGCCACCGCCGCCCGCUGGGGCUGGUGGGCCACGGCCGCCGCGCUUCUCGUCGUCAUCUUGUCCCAUCUCACCGUCCUCCUCAUCCGCCGCCGCCUCCGCCUCCGCCGCCGCAGCGGAGUCGAUCGAAUCGCCCCCACCGAGGCCGCCCCCGCGCCCGCCCCCGCCUCCGCCUCCGCCUCAGGGCUGGAGGGGCUCGUGACGGAGGAGGAUCUGAGGCAGCUUGUGGGAAGCCUCGGCGUGGGCGCGCGCGAGCCGGAGGCGGAGGGCUGGGAGCAUGUCAUCUCCAAGCGGAACGACGACGUCUCCUACAGAGCCUGGUGCGACAAGCCCACGGCUGGUCCUCCUAAAUAUCUAAGUAUUACAACAUAUGAGAGAUGCUCAACAGAGCAGUUGAGGGACUUCUACAUGGAUAAUGAAUACAGAAUGGAGUGGGAUAACACUGUCACAAAGCAUGAGCAGCUGCAGUAUGAUGAGAACAGUGGGGUGGAGGUAGGGAGAACUAUUAAGAAGUUUCCACUUCUGACACAAAGGGAGUACAUAUUAGCAUGGCGAGUCUGGGAAGCAAAUGACAAAUCUUUCUAUUGUUUUAUCAAGGAAUGUGAACAUCCUCUUGCGGCACGACAGAAAAAGUUCGUUAGAGUGCGUCUUCUAAGAUCAGGAUGGUGUAUUAGGAAAAUCCCUGGCAGGGAUGCAUGCCAAAUCACAGUGCUGCAUCAUGAGGAUAAUGGAAUGAACAUAGAGAUGGCAAAGCUAGCCUUUUCCAAGGGCAUCUGGAGCUACAUAUGUAAAAUGAACAAUGCUCUACGUCGGUAUCCUCAGCAUCGCAGUCUGUCGGUAUCAAUCCAGACCAUGCAAAAACUUAUUAAGAAGUUUCCCCAGGACUUGGAGACUGCCAUGGAUGCAAGUCUUCCAGCUUCACAGCCUACAGCAGGAACGGCUGUUCCUUCAACCCAGAAUGCCAGGACAUCACCAUGCAAGCUACCAGGCAAGAAGUCUUCUCGGCAAAUGAUCGCAAGUGGACUUCUGCUGGUUGGAAGCAUUGUUUGCCUAUCUCGGGGCCGGUCCAACCUUGGUGCUCAGCUCGCGAUGGCAUUCUUCCUGAAGAAGGCCUUCAAGCAAGAGAGAGAAUCAGGUUCAUCGACAUCAAGGGGGAAAAGAGAUGUCACUAGAUCCAGGCGGUAGCAGCAGUAUAGGCUAGUAUUAACUUUGUUCAAAUUAGAAAAAAAAUGACUACACUCUGUUUGAAUGGAUACUGAUUGUAAAGAGUUCUUCCAGCACGAAUUAUGUAAAUAAUCGUUUUGAAAUAACUACAUACAUGCACACAGUAAAUUUUGCUGUUUCAUCGAGUUGACUUAAA